UGAAGUCACUUGCGUUCUCUUUCAUUUCCGCCUCUGCCCUGCUCUGCUUCACUGUAUUUUCUGGACGACACAAAAAGCGCAGCGAGAGGCGUUUGGUUUCCUUGUCUUCUGGUGGUGUUGCGGUCAAACAUGUCAAUGAAACGUUCUCCACCGAGGUCCCGCUGAUGACCUUUCACGAGAUGAUGUCGUAUCUUGACAGUGUGAUGACGUCUGUCGAAAGAGAGUCGCUCCCGAAGACUGGAAGCAAAAAGAUGUUGCCCAUAUUUCAGCUUAUGGACUCCUACCUGACAAAGCAGCAAGAUCUUGCGGCCACUUCCCCCAUGACAGAAGAGCGAAACCGGAUGGCAAGGCAGCUGGCAUACACAUUGGCAGCUCACGACAUGCGAAUCCGGCAUAGCUGCCGUGCUUUGAGGGAGAAGCGGGAUGUCUCAGGCUACAAUGCUCUCAGGGGAGGGAGAUACUUUUUCGGGCUGACACUGCAGAACGCGGAAGAAUCGCUUAAAGAGUUGGUGCUGCAGCUGCUCGACAUCAUCGACUUCCUGGGGCCAGGCAAUGUCUACCUGUCCAUUUAUGAGAACGGCAGCGAAGAUGACUCGAAGGACUUUCUGGUGAACAUGGAUGUACUCCUCACUCUCUUCAAUGUGGACCAUACAAUCGUGACGGACAUUGAGGGGCGACCACAUGAUGUUGAUGCAGUCGAGUAUCUUGCCAAAAAGCGCAACAGGGCGCUCGAGCCUUUGAUGGACGGAGACAACGGUUCAUUCGACAGGGUGGUCAUUCUGGACGGCCUCCUCUUCUGCAGUGCGGACGUCCUCGAGUUGCUACAUGAGGCCAAAAGGCAGGGGGCUGACAUGGCGUGCGGCGCUGACUUCCGAUUGCAAGAGGGCGAGAACGAGAAAAGCCGACGUCUUGCAUUUGGAGACACGAAGACAACAAUAGAUAUCACCGGUUCUCACUUCCUUCCUUUCCCCCCCAAUGCCUUCAGCCAGCACGAAGCCACCCGAGACCGCCUCAAGCGGACUCUGCCUGUGCAAGUCACUUGCUGCUGGAGCGGGCUUGUGGCUCUCAAUCCUCGGCCACUUGUCGAGGACGGGCUCACAUUCCACCACCGAGACAACGAAGGCGAAGAAGGGGCGUGUGGUGCGGGUGAGCGCAUGUUGCUGUGCCAGGACCUGUACCGCAACGGGUGGAAUCGGGUCAUGUUAGUCCCAGCUGCCAAAGCCGUCAGCUCGCAUGACCACGGAUGGAAAGAGACGGAUAAGUUGCGCGAAUACGAAGAAAUGCAAAGGGUAAAUCGAGGUUUCAAUCCAGAACCCGUCGAGUGGGCGCCUGUAAGUGGUGAGGUCGCGUGUCACGAAGAGGCUAGAGAUAAGACAGGCACACACACGUUCUUUGUUGGUGCUCCAAACCAUCGUGACAACGGGGCUACUCGUGGACGAGCGAGACUCCUCCCACGAAUCUCAGUUCUACAAUCUUGGCUUUCGUCGAACUAAUGAAUUAAGAUGACUACGUCAAAAGACAGGUGUCACGGGCAUAUGCAAUUUGACCAUAAUUUAUGCAAUUGUGUGUGUGUGACUUGUGAAUGAGAUCUGCAUCCGCAUUUUCCGAGGAAUGCAAGCAUUGCGAUUCUACAAACCAAUCUUGGACCGUAAACCGUUACGAGGCAUUUUGAGACGAAUGAGAUUGAAUUCACGCACCGUUUGAUCCCGUCUCCGGCUCAUUCUCAGUGAAGUUCUCAGGAGAAUGGUGCUUCGCUGAUAAAGGGAGGGAGGUGUUCUAGCAGCACCUGACCCCAGAAAUUCGAUACAAGCCGCCCACAACGGGCUGUGGGUGCGUGCGUGUGUAGCUGUGUGUGUGCGUGUCUGUGUCAUUCAUGACGAGAAGGAGGAAACUCUCUCUGUCCUUUCGGGGCUCGCCGCUCUGCGGGCGAGGCACGCUCUUACCCAAACUUCGUGUUCGUUCCUAAUAGAUCAUUCUUGUCGAGAGAUUUUAUAUUCGGUACCGUGUUUCUGCAUGCAGCCCCCACUCUGGCGCGGCGCAUGCAGCCGAUGUUAUAUCUUGUGUUGUGCAACCCCAUGCAGCCAGUCGCCGUCGUUGCAGGUGAUGUAAUCAUAUGCCUCAACGAGCUGCCACUAUCCUCCCUUGCUCGACCAUUUUUAAAACCUCCCAAAUGUGCCGAAGUGUGCAUGCAGCUCAUGCGAUUGCGGGAGGGG